UGCUAAAGGUUGACACGAGAAGAUGGGGGUGGCCAAGUCUUAUCUAGCCCGCGCUAGUAAGAAGAUGAGAAAAUGGGCGGACAAGAAGAGGCGUCACUUGGAGUUUGAAGAGGGAGACAUGGUGAUGGUGAAGUUCUACCCUCAUCAAUUCAAGCAUCUCAAGAAUGUGCACAUGGGAUUGCUUCGCCGCUAUGAAGGGUCAUUCGCGGUCGUGAUGAGGAUUGGCAAAGUGGCGUACAAGGUGGAGGUUUCGUUGCAGUUAGAGAUCCAUCAUGUCUUUCAUGUGAGGCAACUCAAGGCUUUCCACUAUGACAAGGAGGAUGAGCAGCAGAGAGAGUCGCAUCGAGCACCAACACUCGUCACCAAAACGCAUGAUCAUCAAGUCGAAGAGAUCAUGGCACGUCGUGUCAGCCCUCGCCGUGGCGUACAUCCAAGCUUCGUGGAAUGCUUGGUCAAGUGGCGCAACCUUCCAGAAAGCUAGGAAACUUGGGAGAAAGAGCUCCCUGUCACUGCCUUGCUCUCGGUCGUGCAACCCCUAGCUCUCAAAUUCGUUAGAGAUGGUAGGCAGCCUUCUCUCAAAAUCACAAGCAACUAAAUAAAGCAAGAAAGAUAAACAAGAUGGGAGAACUCUCUAGUGUGUAUUACUCUAAAAAAAUAAUGGAAUGAGUUACAAGUGAGGAAGAUGGCUCCUUAUAUAGGUCUCUCCUCAUACAAAGCAUCAAUGCCCCCUCAUAAUGUCCCUAUACAUCAAUACACCCAUUAAGUCCCUCCAUUACGCACUCUAUAAAUGUCACCCAUUAUGUGACUCAUAAGUGCACCAUUAAGUUCUCAUUUAGGUGGAGAAUCCUAUAAGCAUCUCUAUGCUUCUAGUCUUCCAUACAUGCCACAUGUGCAGCCACCCUAUUGUCACCUUGUUGGCGCCAUGUCAUCUUCCAUAUGUGACAUCCAUAUGCAUAUCCAUGAAAGAUUCUAAAGUACUAAAUUGAAACCAUACCAUACUUGAUUGAGUUUCAUGUAUCCAUGAAUAUAUAUGGAUAAUAAAUUUCCUUUAUGUUGUCCACCAUUGUAUUACUAAUCACAGAUAUAUUAUUGCAAAAGUGAAUAUUCAUAAAUAACAAAUCAUCAAGACUAAGAGAAAUGACUAAAUUAAAUGUUUGGUCACUCAAAUUAUAUAAAUCUUACACGUUUGUCAUCCAAAUUACUUUUCUUUUUUAUUUAUCACUACCUUUAUGAAUCGUUUCUCCGUUAGUCACCGGUCGCUAGUCUCUGUCAGACUACAUUAACUCCAUUAAUUUUUUGAUGAUGUGGCAAACACAAAUAUUGAUUCGACCGUUAAAUUAAUGAUAUGUCAAUUAAAAACACGAAUCCUCUCCCAGCUCCUCAACCACUGCCACCGUUUGAAGAAGGUGACAAUGACAAUGAUGUCGAAUUUGGAAUGAAGACCCCUGACGACAAUCAACUCUUUCCCGGUUGCGACUUGUGACCCCCUUUAGGUUUAAUCUCAAAUCUAAACCCCCUACCGACGUAACAUAGACAUUGUGGUUGACGAUACAGGACUCGAUUGCAUGGAUGUGAGCCCGCGUAGCUUUCCUGUACAUGGGCGCUAGGCCGUGCUUGGGCCGGCACGGCACGAGCAUGCUUCGGGCCCAUUUAUUUCGUGUCGUGCUUGGCACGGCCCUUCAGUUUUUGUGUCGUGCCAUGCAAUCCCAUUUGUUAACUAUGAUAGGCCCGAACAAGGCCCGAGCACGAUUCGAAUCGUGCCGUGCCUAUUCGUGCUCGUGCCAUGCUCGUAUUCGUGUUUAAUGAAAAGGACGAAAACAAAAGAGAGAAUGAAAAAGAAGGUGAAAAUUUGACGGGGGAAGAUAGUAUUAACCGAUAAUGUUUGAGAAAAGUAACAAAUAAGGGGGAAAAGAAAAAGUAACAAAUAAGGGUGAAUAUUUAAGGUUCCAUAUGUGCGCAUAGAGUAAUAAAUAUGUGAUGAUUAUUCGGUUAGCAUGUGAAUUUUAAAUUGACCCAAAGGUGGAUUUACUAUUUCAUAUGUUCUUAUCAUCAAUAUUUAAUUAUUGUGUCAUAAGACAUCACUUACAAGUUAAUAUUUUGUCCAAAGAUAAAAUAUUAAUGGAGUG